AUGCCGUCGCUUCCAAAGAAGGUGCCGCCGCCGCCGAAGGAACCUGGCACGCACACCAAUGCUGAGGUGAAGGAGGCCCUGCACGCCAGGGCUCUGCGCCGUACCGUGCUUGUCACCGCCGUAGUCUUUCUUCUCUUGGCGUGCCUGGCUGUCGUCUCCAACACGGCCCGCAAAACUGUCGGCGAUGCUAGGAAGCCGAGGAUGGUAAUCAUUGUUGCGAGCGGGCUGUCGCCCAUGUCGGUGGGCCGUGCCAUGAGGAGCAACAAGUCCCCUUUCAUGCGCCUUCUCUCCAAAGCGGGUGGGCAGUUUGCAUCGAUCGCUGCCAGCAACACGGCGAACCCGCUGGUCAAUCUCCUCACCGGAUCCUCUACGAGCAACGCCGACACGCUGGCCAACACCAUGUCGAUCCUUGGCUGGCUAAAGUCGCAGGAAAAGAACACGAUUGUGGCUGCACCGUCCGCGUACUGGUCUUUGGGGGUGGCGGGCACGAGUCCAUGCCCGCAAGUGGGUCUGCUUGACACGGAGUGCUCGGGCCUGAUGUGCCCGGAAACGAAGGAGUCGGCGUACUGCAACGCCUUCCGCAAGUACAUCACAUGCGAUGAUUGCGCGCAGCUGUACAACGACGAGAUCCUGCUCGGCUUUGAGAAAAUGGUAAACCAAUCCGCCGAUGCCUUGUACUUCCAGUUGGACAAACUCGCCGAGGCGGAGGUGAACAACACGGAGCUGGCGGUGCAGGAACGCAGCGAGGUGAACCUGCUCGACUCCGCGGUGGGCCGUAUCGCCUUGGCUCUUUCUACGCGCACCAGUAAGGAGGCGGAGAACUGGCUCAUGGUCGUCACGAGCGACGGUGCCAACGCGGAGAUGGCCGCCCCGCUGCUCGUGGUGGUGUACACGAAGGGCGAGCUCGUGCAACUGAGCGACAUCGCCAAGGACGCCAAUACGGCCGAUCUAGCCAACACCAUCAAGUACUGGUUCAAGGGCAAAAACGUGAACACGUCGCGUCUGCUGGGCAUCUGCACGGACGGUGAGAAGGUGGAAAACUGCAAGAUCACCGCCUAA